AUGACCGGGAAGGCUGGCGCGAUCGCGUUUGGCUGCGCGCUGCUGCUGGGCACCAGCACGACCCUCUCGUCCAAGUUUAUGUAUGGCAUCCAGAGCAUCGGCCUCGAAGAGACGCCCAAGCCCUUUGAGAAGCCGCUCAUGCAAACCUUCUUUAUGUUUGUGGCCAUGGCACUCGCGCUGCCCGUGUACUUUGUCUACCAGCUCUGCCUCCCAAAGGACCAGCGCCAGCAGCUGCGCCUCGACGCUGCGCUCAAGCUCUGCAUUCCGGCGGCCGCCGACCUCGUCUCGACCGCGCUCAACUGCGUCGGCUUGCUCUACGUCAAUGUGAGCUUCUACCAGCUCGCGCGCUGCACCGUCAUCAUCUACGUCGCGACGCUCAAGGUGCUCUUCCUGCGCUUCGUCAUGACGGGCUACAUGCGCCUCGGUAUCGCGAUCAACGCGGUUGCGAUCGUUGUCAUUAGCGCGUCGGCGCUCGCUGGCACCGAGAACCUCGGCGACACGAUACUUGGCGUCAGCGUCAUGCUGCUCGCAUGCCUCUCCACCGCGCUGCAGUACGUGAGUGAAGAGUACUACAUGAAGAAAGGCGCCAAAACCGCCGGUGUGUCCGAGGUCUCGAACCCGCCAAUGGUGGUCAUUGGCAUGGAAGGCCUCUGGGGCACGCUGCUCAUGCUCGUGCUCGUCUUGCCGCUCGCGUACGUCUGCGCGCUCUACAUCGUCUCCAUCACGGGCUUCAACAUUGCGUCCAUCUACGUGACGUACUUUCUGGACUCGGUGUGGCGCUCGAUCCUUGUCAACUUUCGACCUGUCGCGGUCUGGCUCGCGAGUCUCUUUACGUACUACGUCGCGACGACGCACGAGCUCGGCGAGCCGUGGACGCCGUGGAGCUGGCUCCAGCUCGGCGGCAUGCUCCUCCUCUUUUACGGCACGGCCGUCUACAACGCCAACGUCCGGCUUCGCUGCUACGACUACAGCCCGCCGACGAUGGCCGAGAAGCGCCUCAGUGUCUCGGCGGCCUCGAGCGACUCGGAAGUCGAGCCCGAGAAGAUCCCAACCGCCAAAUCCAACGAUACCGUGCACAUGGUCUAA